AUGGUCGGCGGGGGCAUGCGCCAGGUAGGCGUUAUCGCGGCCGCGGGCAUCGUCGCGCUAGACAACAUGGUUGAGCGCCUCAACGACGACCACGCCACCGCACGCAGGCUUGCUCAGGGCUUGGCUCAGAUUCCCGGCAUCGACAUCAACCCUGACAGCCUGCCCACGAACCUCGUCUUCUUCACCAUCACCGACGGCGACCCCGCCCUGAUUAUGGAAGAAAUUAACAAGCAUGGUGUAAAGGGCGGCAUGCCAACACGCGGCUGGCGCUUCGUCACUCACUAUGGCAUCACCUCCGACGACAUUGACUAUACAUUGGAAGUCAUGGAAGCCGCCUGCAGAAAGUACGCCACGACAUAA